AUGCCCAAAAAGCAUGAGGGGCUUGCAAUAGGAAUUGACGUAGGUACGACGUACUCAUGUGUUGGAGUGUGGCAAGAACAAAAGGACCGUGUUGAAAUCAUUCACAAUGAUCAAGGAAACAAAACAUCACCUUCUUGUGUUGCUUUUACCAACACUCAAAGAUUGAUUGGUGAUGCUGCCAAAAAUCAAGCUUCCUCUAACCCAACCAACACUGUAUUUGAUGUAAAGAGGCUGAUCGGAAGGAAAUAUACAGAUUCUGUUAUUCAGAAUGAUAUUUUACUGUGGCCCUUUAAGGUCAUUGCUGGGGAUAAUGACAAACCGAUAAUCCUAGUGAGCUACAAGGGUAAGGAAAAACACCUUGUUGCUGAGGAAAUAUCAGCCAUGAUUCUCACACAGAUGCGAGAGAUUGCCGGGGCAUUUUUGGAGUCUCCUGUUAAGAAUGCAGUGAUUACCGUACCUGCUUAUUUUAAUGAUUCGCAGCGAAGAGCCACCAAAGAUGCAGGUGAUAUUGCUGGUCUCAAUGUUAUGAGGAUAAUCAAUGAGCCAACUGCGGCGGCUCUUGCAUAUGGCCUUCAAAAGAGAGCUGAUUGUGUUGAAGAGAGAACUAUUUUCAUCUUUGAUCUUGGUGGCGGGACUUUUGAUGUGUCUCUCCUUACAAUUAAGAAUAAUUCCUUUGAAGUCAAGGCCACUGCUGGUGACACUCACCUCGGAGGAGAGGACUUUGAUGUUAGGAUUGAAGAAUAACUUUCAUGCAGGAACAUUCACAAAGCAA